AUGACGCGUCUUGUUGUAAAACAGCAUGUCGUGAGUAAGAACAGCAGCAAUGGCAGCAGCACUGGCAGCAGCAGCAACAACAAUAGCAACAACCAUCAUGCAAGCAACCAGAAUAGAUCUAACUCGAGAAACAACUCACCCACCAUCUGGAGGAAUGUGCAUGAGGGAAGCAGGCAGAAUGUAUUCGAGAACUCAACGUUGGGCGCUCCAGGGGAUGACACGACAAGUUUCAUCGCCCCAGCAAGGAGCUAUGGAGAACUCAGUGAAAUGUGUGGCCAUGAGGCAAGAGAGGACGAGAAAGAACUGGCGGGCGUUGUUUCACAUGAAAACUGGAGGGAUACGUCGACCAUCGAGAGGAAGCAGUUUGGACUGGGGCCGUCUCACUCCCCUGCGGCAGCCAAGACGUCUCAUGAGGAUUGCUCAGAGGACGAGUAUAACUCAGCUGAUGAAGCGUGCAAUGACUGUGGGAGGAGAGGAGACAACUUGAGCGAGGAGGAGCUGGAGAAUAUUUUGUGGAAGGAGAAAGGAUUCAAGAUCCGACGGAUGAAGGAAGACGGAAACUGUCUCUUCCGUGCGAUCUCCGACCAGGUGUACGGGGACCCUGAGAUGCACGAAGAGGUUCGGGAACUCUGCAUGGAUUAUCUCGUUGCGGAGAGAGGCCACUUUUCACAGUUUGUGACACAGGAUUUCGAUGAGUAUGUACGAAGGAAGAGGAAUGACAAGGAGUUUGGAAACAAUUUGGAGAUGCAGGCCUUGUCUGAGAUCUACAAUCGUCCGAUUGAGGUUUAUCGUGGAUCGGCGGUACCCAUGAAGAUCUUUCAUGAGGGAUACGGAAGCGGCAGCGCCCCUCUCCGUCUAAGUUACCACCGAGGAAACCAUUAUAACAGUGUCAUCGACCCCAAAGAGCACACCGUUGGCGUUGGCCUCGGCCUUCCUGGUUACGAGACGAGGAAUCCUGUCAACGAGAGGAUAGAGGAAGAGUUCGAGAAGCACGCUGAACUUCCUCUGCAGUUUGCGUUGAGGGAAUCAGAAGCGGAUGAAAUGGAGGCUGCUCUGCUUGAGUCGACCCUCCGUGCGAGCCGGGAGACAUGGGAGGACGCGGAGAUCCAGAAACAACUGGACGAGCUCGGAUUCAUGCAGAGCAGACUUGAAGAAUCGCCGUACUCAAGGGCGGCGGCGGCAGUGGAGGAGCUGCUGCGGGAAGAGAUUCAUAGGAGGAAGACUGUUUCUGUACACUAA